UCCUCCCGACCGCAGCCCAGGGCCCUUUCGCUCGCGACCCGCGCAGACGAGUCCUCCGACAUCCCAGCAUUCCUUGCGCCCGUACCAUCGAGAGCAGCUUCCGGCGUCGCUGGUGUAGGUGGGUGAAGAAGGAGCGGGCCCUCGCCGCUCUGUCUUACUCUCGCGCGCGCUCUCUCGGGCAACAUGGCGGGCGUGGAGGAGGCAGCGUCCUCCGGGAGCCACCUGAAUGGCGACCUGGAUCCAGACGACAGAGAAGAGGGAGCUGCCUCUACAGCUGAGGAAGCAGCCAAGAAAAAAAGACGGAAGAAGAAGAAGAGUAAAGGGGCUGCCACAGCAGGGCAACAGGAACCUGAUAAAGAAACAGGAGCCUCAGUUGAUGAGGUAGCAAGACAAUUGGAAAGACAAGCAUUGGAAGAGAAAGAAAGAGAUGAUGAUGAUGAAGAUGGAGAUGGGGAUGGAGAUGGAGCAACUGGAAAGAAGAAGAAGAAGAAGAAGAAGAAGAGAGGACCAAAAGUUCAAACAGACCCUCCCUCAGUUCCAAUAUGUGACCUGUAUCCUAACGGUGUAUUUCCCAAAGGACAAGAAUGCGAGUACCCACCCACACAAGAUGGGCGAACAGCUGCUUGGAGAACUACGAGUGAAGAAAAGAAAGCGUUAGAUCAAGCUAGUGAAGAGAUUUGGAAUGAUUUUCGAGAAGCUGCGGAAGCACAUCGACAAGUUAGAAAAUAUGUUAUGAGCUGGAUCAAGCCUGGGAUGACAAUGAUAGAAAUCUGUGAAAAGUUGGAAGACUGUUCACGAAAGCUAAUUAAAGAGAAUGGAUUAAAUGCAGGCCUGGCAUUUCCUACCGGAUGUUCUCUGAAUAACUGUGCUGCCCAUUAUACUCCAAAUGCUGGUGACACAACAGUAUUACAGUAUGAUGACAUCUGUAAGAUAGACUUUGGAACACAUAUAAGUGGUAGGAUUAUUGACUGUGCUUUUACUGUUACUUUUAAUCCCAAAUAUGAUACAUUAUUAAAAGCUGUAAAAGAUGCCACUAACACUGGAAUAAAGUGUGCUGGAAUUGAUGUCCGUCUGUGUGAUGUUGGUGAGGCCAUCCAAGAAGUUAUGGAAUCCUAUGAGGUUGAAAUAGAUGGGAAGACAUAUCAAGUGAAACCAAUCCGUAACCUAAAUGGACAUUCAAUCGGGCCAUAUAGAAUACAUGCUGGGAAAACAGUGCCCAUUGUGAAAGGAGGAGAGGCAACAAGAAUGGAGGAAGGAGAAGUAUAUGCCAUUGAAACCUUUGGAAGCACAGGAAAAGGCGUUGUUCAUGAUGAUAUGGAAUGUUCACACUAUAUGAAAAAUUUUGAUGUUGGACAUGUGCCCAUCAGGCUUCCAAGAACAAAACACUUGUUGAAUGUCAUCAAUGAAAACUUUGGCACCCUUGCCUUCUGCCGCCGAUGGCUGGAUCGCUUGGGAGAAAGUAAAUACUUGAUGGCUUUGAAGAAUCUGUGUGACUUGGGCAUUGUAGAUCCAUAUCCACCGUUAUGUGACAUUAAAGGAUCAUAUACAGCGCAGUUUGAACAUACCAUACUGUUGCGUCCAACGUGUAAAGAAGUUGUCAGCAGAGGAGAUGACUAUUAAACUUAGUCCAAAGCCGCCUCAACAUCUUUUAUUUUCUAAGCUUUGUUGGAAUACAUUAUACCAGAAGUAAUUUGCAACAUGUUGUCUGUUUAACAGUGGACCUAUGUAAUGCUUUUAUCCAUGUUUAAAAAGGAAGGAAUUUGAUCAAAGGCAAACCAUCUAAUGUAAUUAGCCAAGGAAAAAGCUUUCAGGACUUUCGAAUGUUAACUGUUUUUCCCAUCUAGGAAAUGCUAUAAAGCUCAAAUUAGUUAGGAAUGACUUACACAUUUUUUGUUUUGAACACCUAAGAAAUGCUUUUCAGAUAUUUAUAUUGCCAUAUUCUUAAUUGAAUGCUUUGAAUGACUACAUCCAAUUCUGCACCUAUACCCUCUGGUAUUGCUUUUUAACCUUCCUGGAAUCCAUUUUCUAAAAAAUAAAGACAUUUUCAGAUCUGAGAGCUAUAUUUCAAUGUCUGUGGUUAUAAUUCUGCACAGGAAUUAGCUAAACAUAAAUAGCUAAACAUGUAGGGAAAUGUAGAGCCUUUUAUCUUGAUUGUAGAUCUCUACACUGAAACUUUUCUUCUGACAUAGUGGCUAAAACAAGAUCUAUACAUGCAUUAAGUGGGAGAAUCUUCAUAAAUUAAUAUAGAGCUUUAGGAAUAGUUUGCCUUUAUUUUCUUUUUAGAACCGUAUUAAUCUUUCAUUUUUUUCCCCUGACAUUAGAAAGAUCUAUUAAUUGAAACAUGACCUAGUAGGAAUAUGUACCAGCUUAAAACCUUGAUUUAGUAAAAUCUCAACAUUUAGAUCCUUUGUCCAGUGGUAGCACUUAUCAGGAAAUGUAUUCAGCUUACUCAGUAAACCAAAAGGGCAUUUAAAACUACAAAUACUACAACAGGGAAACUUCUGUACUUGGACCGUGCUCUAGUUAGAAAAGUUUAAUUGACUUACUAGGCUUUUUCAUUAGUGAGCCAAAUUAUUUUAACACCCUGCCCCUUGACUGGCUUGAUUUCAAAACUAUGGUGACAUUUCAGGGAGUGAGGUUACAGUAACGCUCAUUAUGGCAGCUAAGGGCAUAAGUUAAAUGUGAGAUGCGGAAUACUUGUUUGAACUGAGUCCCACUGACAGAUUCUUGAACAGAUUGCUUGAAUUCUUUGUAACUGAUUUGUUGGGAAUGUUCCAACAUAAUUUUAAAAUUGUUUAUGUACCAAGGUAAAGCCUUAAUUUGUAUAUGCUUUAGCACAAUAGGAUUCACUGCCUCUGGGAUGCUGUUUAGUUUGUAUUUUAACAUUUUUCUCAUAGGAAGAAAAACCGGACUUCUGUACUUAGAUCACUUACUAUACAUUAAAAAGCUGCUCUUUCAGCAUUAGAGCUAUAAAUGAAUGUUAUCUUGUGGGAUAAACAAUCUAGUUUUUAGCUAUGAGCCAUGUUUAUUAUGGUGCUAAUGUUCAAGAGCUACUUUUGGAUUAUUUUCUCCAUUUUCUGUGAUGUGCUUAGUGGCAGAGCUCACCAGUUCAUGCUUGGACAUGCUGUAGGUCUUGGGCCCUCCAGCUAGUUCUUUCGGGGUUCUGAGUCCAUACCUUUUUGAUGUGUUUUGGUGGGAGAUAGAAAGUAUCUUGAUUUCUAAGCUCAAGAGUUCUACAAUUGACCUUAUGAGUGAAGAAUUUUGGACCUUUGUAAGACCGCUUUAGCAGUAGUGAUUUCAAACCAGUUAUGAGUUCCAAGCUCCCCCGCUCAGAUAACUGUUGCGAGCGGUAGCAUCACUGCAUGCCCCUGGAAUAGCUGGAAGGAAUAUGAUCUUGUAAAUAGGAAAGCUGUCACUUAAAAAAAUUGUAUUGUUUACCUACUAGCCAUGUAUCUCUUGAAAUCAUUUUGUCAUGUUUACAAUGAUGUACCUUAUUGGUAACAAAUUAUUAGUUUGAUGUUUAACAAAUAGUGCCUUUAGUAAAUUAUUUUACAACCAAAA